AUAAUAUCUGAUUUCACUGUACUGAUGCCUUCUAAGGUUGAACGAAACAGUCGAAGUCCAACUAUGGAGAAUGAAGGUUGCCUGAAGGAGCGCGGUCUCAGGGAAUUACAAUUAUCAUGCAAACGACAAGAUUGCGAAACACGUCAGGAUGUACACGGAGAGCUUGCGAAAACCCCUUUAAAGAAUCUUCAAUAUUUAUGGGAGUCAGCAUAUAGUCAGCUACGAAUUCUAAAUGCUGUGCUGCAUACCGACGGAGACGAGUCUUCCAGUGUCCAGCAAAUCUUUUGUGCCGCUGCCAACUUUAGAGAAUCUACGAGCCUAUCAAUGUGGAACACACCACAGCUGACCCAGGAUCUUCCGGCACCAAUCCCAAAGCCUGGACUAUUUCGAGUUGAUUGCCGGUGUGGCGUCGAUCAUAAAAUACAAUCCGUGUGCUUGGAGCAUUCCACCUUUUCAGUCCUAUAUAAUUCGCACAUCCUCCUUGCAACCAGUAUGGAUUUUUCAAGGAUAACACAUCUGCCGCGAACUCCAUCGUUGAUAGAUAUAUUUCGACCAGCCACCAGCAAAAAUCGGGUGAUCCAAAUAUUGGGAUCAUUCUUUUAUCAGGUCCGGCCCACGAAUGCUCAUUCUCUUCUAGCAUUCUGUAUGAUAAUGUACCGAUUAUUACGUUGGCGUCUCUAUCCUGUACAACAAACCUAUCAGGAUAUUCCAGGGUGGCUUUGCCCGACAGAAAUCCAGAAUUCAAUUAUUCAUCCAUUGUCUAUUGAUUUUCUCCCUUGGCCGAGAUUGAGGGAUUACUUGACGAUUCGUUCUUGCGCAGAUUUAGCAGACCAGGAUAUUCGACACUCCGCCCACUUGUACAUACAAUGUAUCCGAUUUCAGUGGCCAACCAACAAAGAGUUUGUGCAUACAACGGUAUCAGGAGAGCUAUUUCUAGACCCAGAGUUCGACGCUGCGAUAUAUCAAUAUGAAAACUGGAUGUUAUCUGAGGAAUGGGCUCGCAUGUUUGAACCUUUGAGAGGGCUGGUGAAUGUAGAGGGAACAUGUACUCAUCAUAAUACUCCGUUUUUAUUUCAAGAAGAUAUUUGAUAAUUAGAGC